AUGCAACGAAGGUAGAAAAAGAUUAAGAUAGUAUUUAUUGCGUAUUAAAUAGCUCUUUUCGUUUGCAUGCAAAACCAAGAGCAAAUGCAUACGUGAUGUGUCGUGUAAGUGACUGGAUUCGAGUGUCGCGCUUCCUGACUGUCAUCUUCAAAAAUACAACUUCACAGAUUCCGUGCCUGCGCUGUUUGCUGGGUAAACCCGAUGGUUGAAUGGCCGAAUAAGGAUGAAAGUAGAAAUGAAGUGGAUUUCCAAGCUGUCCCCCGCCCGGUGGGAACCUAGAAAUAUUAUUGAAUUAAUGUUGUAUCCACUUGAUAACAUUUUGAUUUUAUAUAUCGCAACGUAACUUUUACUUUUGUUUCAGCAGAGCAAGAACACCCAAUUCGAAGAAGUGCACCCGUAUGACAGUUGAUAAAUUACUAGGGCGAAAAGCGACUGAAGGCAAAUUGUCCUGUUCGUCGAUGAGGCAAAAAAUUCGUCGAUAACGAUUGUUGAAAAGUACUUUACUAAUCUUCUUGAUUGUACUUUUACCCAAAAAUUAACGAAUUAAGAUGUACUGUACACAACUUACCAUUACCAAAAUGAACUCCUGUUUCUCAUGUACAAAAUAAACAACUCUUGUUUCUAAUGUACAAGUUUCUCGGCGCUCCUGUAAGAACCCUCGAUUGUAUGAUGCGUGAAACUUCUCAAUUAUGUACCGAAGGUUGUCUCUGAUCUACAACGGCGAUG